UUCAGCUGCUGUUGUUGCUCCUGGGAAAGAUGCGGUUUCCACUGGUUCUGUUGGCAUUUGAAGGGCUGGUGCUCACGAUGGCAUUGGACUUGCCUCAAGACCAACUUAAAUUCAAACCAAAAACUCUGACGAUGCCCGAAGUAGAUUUGAAAUUGACGGACGAUGAAUGGAAAAAACUGACUGAAAAGAACAGGCCUACGUCAGACAAUCUCAAUGCUCCGCCAAUCGUACAGCCAAUCAACGCUGGCAUAUCCCCGAAUCUUAUAACAUCGCAUAUCGUUGGUGGAUCUUUGGCCUCUCUUGGUCAAUUCCCGUGGCAGGCGUUCAUCUACAUUGACAACACCUGGCUGUGUGGGGGAUCGUUGAUUUUGUCUCAAUGGGUUAUGACUGCUGCCCAUUGCGGAGGGACGAAUUACCAAAUUGGAUUGGGAACAAUCAACCGAACUGUUAUUCCAUUUGGAGGAUAUUGGCUUUCAACCAACAUUUCAUAUAUUCACGAUCUAUACAAUCCUUCUUCACUGAUCAACGACAUCGCUCUCAUCAAGCUGGCAGCCCCUAUCACUUUCACUUCUAACGUUGCCCCCGUAAAAUUGCCACCCAUGUCUGACGCUACGAAGGAUUUGACCGGAAUUUUGGCAACGGUCAGCGGAUACGGCAAAACUGGCGAUAAUGAACCAACAAGCAUAGCCCUCAAGUAUACUCAAUUAACGAUUAUCAGUUACGCGCGAUGCGCCGCAUACUACGGCACCACCACCGUCGUCAGCACGACCAUCUGCACCAAUCAAACUGGAACGUCAACAUGCCAAGGUGACAGCGGUGGUCCUCUGAUAUAUAAGGACGCGAGCAAUGCCUGGGUACAGAUAGGUGUUGUAUCAUUUGGUGCUGCAGCAGGCUGCCUAGCUGGACCAUCAGGUUUUACUCGCGUAAGCUCAUACCUAGGGUGGAUGUCUACGAAGAUUGGACAAGAUAUGUCGGGAACAACUCUGGCGGGCUCUGCAACUACAACUACCACACCUUCAGCAACAACCACUACGACCAAACCAACUACAACCACAACUAAGCCGACAACCACUACAACCAAACCAACAACAACCACGACUAAGCCUACAACCACUACAACCAAACCAACCACAACCAAAACUACCACUAAACCAACCACAACCAAAACUACCACCAAACCUACCACAACCAAAACUACCACCAAACCAACCACAACCAAAACUACCACCAAACCAACCACAACCAAAACUACCACCAAACCAACCACAACCAAAACUACCACCAAACCAACCACAACCAAAACUACCACCAAAACCACUACGAAGACUACUAUCAAACGUAAAAUUGCCAGCGGAUAGAUGAACAGGGCUAUUCCACAUGGAUUUAUUUAAAGUCGACCCAUAGCAUACUCAGGAAGGAUUAAUGGACAGAUAAAUAUUUUUGGAACAUACAAAAUCAACAUGGUAAGCAUAAAAACUGAACAUGCGGGGUAAUUCCCCUUUUCCAAGAUUCCGCAACCGUUAUUUAUAUUCCACACAGAGAAACAAUAUUUUGUACAAUCGGUGAAUUCCUUUUGGCUUUGAUUUAUAUUUUAUAUCAAAUCUUAAUCGGUCUCAUUUUCUGUGCUGUAGGGAAAAAUUAAUAAAUAUGAAUUCUUAAUCACUUAAAA